UGUGGGGAGCUGGAUAAAAGGCGCUCCGCUCCCGGGGACUCUGCAGACUGCGGACUCUGCAGACAGCGGGCAGCAGCCACCCGGGAAGAAGACCAGCCAUGGCCAAGGAGUGGGGCUACGCCAGCCACAACGGUCCUGACCACUGGCACGAGCUUUACCCAAUCGCCAAGGGAGACAACCAGUCGCCCAUCGAGCUGCACACGAAGGACAUUAAGUACGACUCUUCCCUGCAGCCCUGGUCGGCCUCCUACGACCCCGGCUCGUGCAAGAGCAUCCUGAACAACGGCAAGACCUGCAGGGUCGUGUUUGAUGACACUUACGAUCGCUCCAUGCUGAGGGGCGGCCCUCUCAGCGGGCCCUACCGCCUGCGCCAGUUCCACCUGCACUGGGGCGCCGCCGACGACCAUGGCUCCGAGCACACCGUGGACGGGGUGCAGUACGCCGCCGAGCUGCAUCUGGUGCACUGGAACCCGAAGUACAACACCUUCGGAGAAGCUCUGAAGCAGCCGGACGGCAUCGCCGUGGUGGGCAUCUUCCUGAAGAUAGGACGUGAGAAAGGCGAGUUCCAGCUGGUUCUCGAUGCGCUGGACAAAGUGAAGACAAAGGGCAAGGAGGUGCCCUUCACCCACUUCGACCCAUCCUGCCUGUUCCCCGCCUGCCGUGACUACUGGACCUACCACGGCUCCUUCACCACACCGCCCUGUGAGGAGUGCAUCGUGUGGCUGCUGCUCAAGGAGCCCAUGACCGUGAGCUCCGAGCAGAUGGCCAAGCUGCGCAGCCUCCUGUCCAGCGCCGAGAACGAGCCGCCGGUGCCCCUCGUGGGAAACUGGCGCCCACCACAGCCCAUCAAGGGCAGGGUGGUGAGAGCCUCCUUCAAGUGAGCCCUCCCCGGAAGGGACCCGCCCCCAGAGCUCGGGCCCUGCCUCCUUCCGUGCCCCUCGUGCCACGUGUACUUCAGUCUCCACACCAGCGCUGAGCGAUGCAGUCACUGACGGCAGGCUGAGCCGGAAAGCACCCGGCCUUUGUAACCAUCCCCUCUCCUAGAAAAGUAGCGUUUGUAGUGCAGCUUCAAAAAAGAGAUGGAGGAGUAAAGAGAUGGAAAAAGGACUACUGGGCACCAGUUUUCUGUCAUAAAUUUCACAGAACUGCCGUUUUACAAAUUUUCACAUUAUCCAUUGUCCAUCUUAGCAGCUGAGUGAGUAAUUCUAUCUGAGGAGUGGAGGCGUGUGUAAGUCAUAUAGCACUUAAACUUAAACUUGACCAGACCCGAAUUGAGAUGAGAAUGUGUCUAACCCUUAACCAAAACCAACAGAGGCCCGUGAUGUGUUAAAAUGCUGACUCCUGUAAAGGUGACCUGGUUUUGAUGAUCAGUGAAACAAAGACGCAUUCGACCAGGAGUUUUAAGAAAACGUGACCCGGUAUUUGAAUUUUUUCUUCCUAAAGGUGGUUGACUGUGGCCUAAUACUUUUCUUUCCCGGAAGGAGGACCACUUAUUUUAAUUUCGCUCCUUUGAUUUUUGCAUGCUUGUUAACUAAACGGCCCGGCCCUCUGAGUUGCGGGUGGGAUUCACCACUCCUGGCACAGGCAGGGCGAUGUCUGACGUGCAGUGAGGCGGGCGGCUGAUCAGCAAAAUAAUAAAGCCAUGAACGCGAAGA